GGGGGAGGUGACCUUGACGAGGGGCGUGGGCAGCGCCCGGGGCUAUAUAAAGCCGGGGUGCCCGGUGCCCAGUACCCACUGCUCAGCUUCCCCUGGCCCUGCGGAGAUGAAGGCUCUUGCGCUGUUCGCCCUGCUGGCCUGCCUGGUGCCGGGUAGCCUGAGCAUGUACUACGGCCGCUGCCAACUCGCCCAGACGCUGCAGCAGCUGGGCCUGGACGGCUACAUGGGCUACAGCCUGGCCAACUGGGUCUGCAUGGCCGCGCACGAGAGCAGCUACAACACCCAGGCCACCCACUACAACAGCUGGGACGGCAGCACCGACUUCGGCAUCUUCCAGAUCAACAGCCGCUACUGGUGCCAGAACGGCGACGAGUACAGCUCCAACAUCUGUCAAAUUCCCUGCAGCGACUUACUGAGCAACAAUCUCUCAGCGGACGUUGAAUGUGCUAAGAUCGUUGCCCAGGACUCCAACGGCAUGAGUGCCUGGGUGGCCUGGACGUCGUAUUGCCAAGGCCAGGAUCUGUGGCAGUACGUAGAAGGAUGCGGCGUGUGAGAGCAGCCCUGGGAUCGGGCUCCGUCCCGCCCCGAGUUCUCCGGGCCCUGGCUUGAUGCCUUUCCCCAGAUCUUUCCAAACACAAUCAACCCCCCGAAUCCAAGACCCGGCGCUCCGCUGCUCAGCCUCCUGGGCCAUCGCAACAGGGGAAAUGGGGGUAGUGGGAUAGAGUGGGGGGAGGGGGAGAGGGCUG